UAUCAAUUAUUUGUUACUUUCAUGCAUGGGAGAAACGUAAACACAUGGCUCACAUGGCGGACGAAGAUAUCGGCAUGGAGUCGUUUGACAUGAGUGAUGAUGAGGACAAGGUGGAUGAUGCAGCCCACGGGAAGCUCAUUUCCUCCAUUCAGUCCUUGGAUGGAAAAAAGAAACACAAAAAGACCAUCCGAGGAAUUCCAGUGGCCCCUACCAAUCUGGAUCUGGUUGUUCAUGCUAACAGAGAUGCAUCGAAGAUCAAGGCAGAGGAUCUGAAGUUGAGGCCAAAUCUUGGCAAAACAGAGCUGAAAAAGCCCAUGAGCUCUGGAGAGCUAGAGGCGGCCAAGCGUCAGAUUGCAAGAGACUCCAUGGUGAAGGAAACUACAAAGUGGGACCCUGUGGUCCGAGAAAUGAGGCUUGCUCCCCAGACAAGUUACACCAAACGAGAACAUGGCAUUGCUCUGUACGAGACCCUUCGGCCCAAGCAGUUUGUUCCGAGAACACCUCUGGAACAAGAGCUGUAUGCGGCCCUGGGCAAGAGUGAGGAUAUUCUGAAACCUGACAAGGAGAUGACUGUAGCAGAGGAAAAAGCUCUCAAGGCCAUGUCUAUCAAGGAGGCUCGAGCCAGGCGUGCGGAGCUGAUGCAACAUCAUGAACUUUUGUCUCGCAUGGAGCUCAAAGCCAAACGUUUGAAACGUAUCAAAAGUAAAAGGUAUCGUAAAAUACUACGCAAGGAGAAAGAGGCAGUUGACAAAAAAGAGCUGGAACAGCUGCGGCACACAGACCCAGAAGCGUUUAUGGAGAGAAUGGAACAGCUGGAGAGGGCUCGCAUGGAGGAGCGUCUCACUCUCAAGCACAGAGGAGGAGGCAAAUUCUCAAGGCUACAUAAAGCUUACAGCAAAUUUGAUGAUAAGACACGGACCGCUGUACAAGACAUGCUGCAGAAGAGCAAGGAAUUGACAAAGAAGACGCAUGGGGACUCAAGCAGUGAUGAUGAGGAAGAGGAGGAGGAGAAGAAGAAAAAGGAUGAAGAAUCUGCGAAAGCCAACGACAGUGAUGAAGACACGGGGGUGUCGAACCAGAGAGCCAUGAGUGUUGGGAAGUCUGUAAGUAAACUGGCUGGUGGCUGGCUGGAUGGUCCGACAAAGUUUGUCUACACUCAGAAGGAGGCAGCCUCCCAGAACGCAGCGAGCGGUGCAGAUGAGGUCAAAGGUCAUAGAGAAGUGGUUGAAGGUCAGGGCGCUCCUCCCAGUUCGUCAGAAGAUGGUAAACUUGGCAAUUCUUCCCAGAAAGUGCUUCCUGAUGUCAACGGUCUUGACUCGGAAGACGAGACUGGUCUUGCGGAGAAGCCAACGACAGAGAAGAAAGUUGUCAGCAAAAAGAAAAGAUCAGCAGCAGAAAUGGCUGGCUCGGCAGAUAGUGAAGAUCCUCUUGCGUCCAUCUCGACUACCACUGAGGAGGUUGUUGUGGAAAAGAGUUUGUCAGAGGAGCCAAAGAGCAAGAAGAGGAAAAAAAACAAAAAGAAAAAAGGAAAAGAGGGGGCUGGUGAGGAAGUGAGCGAGGGUGCCGCAGAUAAACCUGUGCGGGAGACGACGCUGCAGGCGAUGGGUGACGACGAGAGGGAGAAAGAAAUGGAGGAGGAGGAGGAAGACGAUGGCGAGGGCAGCAUGAAGGUCUCGAUGGAAGAGCUGUUUCAAGACGAGGACUUCUUGGAAGAGUUUGCAAAGGACAAGGCGGAGCUGGAGGCGAAGAGCAGGCCCAAGGUGGAGGACACGACGCUGCCAGGUUGGGGGGCGUGGGCCGGGCCCGACUACAAAGAAAUGCCGAAGAAGAAAGCUGGGAACAAGAAAAGACCUCCAAAGAAAGUGGACAAACAGCCUUUUGUGUGGCUGAACCCGAGCAGAGACGAAGGGAUCAGAAAGCUGCAGCCCAAAAAGGUUCCAUUCCCAUACCAGUCGGUAACGCAGUACGAGGCCUCCCUCCGCCAGCCGGUGUCGCGAGGCCUAGUCCGAGAGACGGCCACAAAGCUACUGACCAAACCGGCCGUGGUCACCAAACUGGGCCACAUCAUCAAGGCCAUCGACAAGGAGGAUUACUUUGAAAAGAAGUCCACUAUAGAGGCGGACGACGAGGACAAGAAUUUCGGCGUGGCUGCUGCCAAGGAAGGCGGGGCAAAGAGGGGCAGUGCGGGGAAACAGAACAACAAACGACGCAGCUUGAGAUAACCACCGAUUUUGGGGAGGGGGUUCGGGUCUACAUGUGGGUGGGGGAGAGAGGAAGUGAAAGCUGCCUUUUUUUUCUUUUUUUUUUUUUUUUUCUUUUUUUUUCGUAAUGUAUGUGUGACAGGAAAGAGAUGGGAGAAUUGUGUGGAUGGAAGAGAAAGUGAAAGGAGUGAAAAUGCAUGAGAAGAAGACGGACGGAAAGAGAGAUGAUGAAUUAAGCGCCUUUUCUUAAUAAAGUGAGCUUUCUUUGACGUGAAAGGAGAUGAUGUGAAAGGGAGAGAAACAGGGAGUGAUGAUGAAAGAGGUCUGUGUUAUGUCUGCCACUGUUAAAGAUUAUAUUAUGAUGGUAGGUCAUACAAACUUAUGGUAAAUAAAAGUUUGCAAUUGCCUAA